UGUCUCGGAUAUAUGAAGAGAAAGAGAUAAUGGCUCAUGCUACCAGUCCAUGGAUCACUAAGCUGCACUACGCUCUCAAGGAUGCUCAUACAUUGUCCCUUGUGAUGGACUUCCAUGCUGACGGUGACUUGCUAAUGGGAUAUGUUCAUAGGGAUACUCGAGGGCAUGUGAAACUUGUAGUCUUGGGUUCAGCUGCAAAACUCUCCAGUAACAGUUAUGUAUCGUCAAAGAUGCUGAUGGGAACACCAGACAAUGUUUCUCCAGAGCUGCUCAAUGCCAUGAAUAAUGAUGUAGUGAACAGUUAUGGUGUUGAGGUGGACUGGCGGUCACUAGGUGUCUGUAUGUACAAGAUGUUGUGUGGGAAAACACCAUUCACUGAUGACGCAGGUUCCAUGGUGGCCACAUAUUCUAAUAUCAUGAACUAUGAGGCAUAUUUGAAGUAUCCUCAAUCACUAGAUAUAUCAUCAGCAGCUAAAAGUUUGAUGAACAAGCUUUUUAUUGACACAGAUCAUAGACUGGAUUACCAACAAAUCAGGAAACAAGCUUUCUCUGAUAAAACAGACUGGGAUAAUAUUAGAAAUGAGACUGCACCAUUUGUGCUUCACCUAGAGAGUCUGGAUGAUACAUCAAACUUUGAGGAGUUUGAGAAGAUAAAACAUCCUCCAGUGUAUGAUGACCACAAAUAUGAUAGAGACUUCUCGGGCAAAGAUUUACCCGUUGUAGGCUUCACCUAUACUGAGAAUAAACCAGCUUCUAAAAGAAAAUCAAAGAAUAGCAUUGAUAUUGAUGCAUCAGUUAGUAUGUCUAAGCGACGCUCUGGUUCGGGAGCAGAUCUUACCUUGACUGUAAAAAUAUCUGAGAUGAAGAAACUUGGAAAGAAAUUUGAUAGGCUCAGAUCAACAGUAGAGCAGCAGAAACUGUCACUAGAAGAUAAAGAAGAAAUGAUAGAAAAACUUGAGCUUGAGAGUCAGAACUACAUAGCUAAAACUAAUUCUUUCAGGAACCAGUCUAGCUGGUAACAGUUUAACGGGAACCAGUGUUACAAGAAGUGGUUUAUCGUUUAUGACAGGAAGUAGUUUAUCAGCAGGGUCACAGUCUUUGCUGGUCCCUCAAAUGCCAUUCCAGCAUCAUCGGUGUCCCAAAAUGCAAUGUUACAACAAAGACAGAAGCCUCAAAGAUCAAAAGUUCC